UUAUCUGGCGUUUGGUAUCCUUAUCAUUUUCAUUCAGUUUGGUAGAUAAUAAUUAAUAAUAUUUAUUCUAAAUUCUAAUUUAUUCAAUAUUAAAUCCUUAAAUCUGUAUUUCCAUUUUCUGUCAUCCUCAAAUAAUUUAACUCACCACCUAGUUUAUAAUUUUUUUUAUAUAUUUUUAUAAUCAUCAAUUAUCAGUCAAUAUCCAAAGCAUAAUGGUUAAAAUCGCAUUACAAAUUAAAGCAAAUUUAGAAAAUGUGACCGAACUAACACCUGACGGCGAAGACUUUCGAUGGUAUUUAAAGUUUCGAUGUACAAAUUGUGGUGAAGAAUCUGACAAAUGGAUAUACUUAUCUCAAGAUAUAACAGUUCCAAUGAAAGGAAGUAGAGGUCAAGCAAAUUUAGUUACCAAAUGCAAAAUGUGUUCAAGAGACAGUUCAUUAGAUAUUUUACCAGACACUAUUUCAAAGUAUACAAUAGAAGACUCAAAUAAAUUUAAAAGUAUUGUCACAUUUGAUUGUCGUGGUAUAUCAAUCAUUGACUUUUCUCCUAGAAAUGGGUUUAAGUGUUGUGGAAUUGAAACAAACACUAAAUUCGAAGAUGUAAAUUUAGAAGAAAAAGAAUGGGUUGAUUAUGAUGAAAGACAGAACCAGCCUGUUGGAAUUUAUGAUGUCCAAUAUCAGUUUGUAACCACCAAAUAAAUGUUUUAUUGUGUCAUAAAAGAUAAUUUAGAUGUAAAUUCAAUAUUAAUGUAAUUUAGUUAAAAAAAACAAAGUAAUUUGAUCCAUUUAUUUAAUGUCUAAUAAAUUCAGGAACAUAAAAAAUAAUAUUAAAAAUAUGACUAAUUAAAAAACUUUACGAUUAA